GUCAGAAACGCCCAAUAUUCUCUACUGGUCAUAAGUCGACCCUGGCAGAAAAAUCGAUUUUGGCCAGGAAACACCUGGUAGUUUCUCUGUUUAUUGUUAGCAGCCGCAUGGUCGUUUAUUGCUAUAGUGGUAGUAGCAGUGUUAGAGCUUCGACUUGUCGGAAGAAUUUCAGGUUGAAGUUGAUUUCCGAUGGUCGACAUGGGACAGUGCGUUUUUGAGGACCUUUAUAGAAGUUGGCGCCGGGUAUUGUCGUCGGACCAAGGUGAAAGACAAUUUGAAAGAAUGAAGAAUGCCGUAACCUCUCCCUCCCCCCACCAGUCCCCGCCAUUAGUCCUUUUUCUUCACUCCAACCAACAAUCGGCGCAAUGGACAAAAUCAUGCUUAGAGCAUGGUGGAAAAAAGUCACCACCGAUAAACCCCAUCGAUUACCAUCUGGUUCUCAUGCCCCUCCUAAUGACGGCUCGAUCUUUUCUGUGCUUUUGGAGACCAGUAUCCAAUAUGCCUUUGUCAAUAUCUCGUACGCCGAUGAUGCAAGCGGUCAGCAAUGCUUUGGUCAGAUACCUUGUAUAGUGGCGAAGUGUGGAGCUUAUUUAAAGGAUCAUGGAUUGUUUGUGGAAGGAAUCUUUCGAUUGAGUGGAAGUGCUCGCAGGAUUGGUGAAUUACAGCAUUUGUUUGAUAUUCCGCCAUUGUACGGUAGUCAGCUGGACUGGCAAGGCUAUUCGAUCCACGACGCUGCUAACGUAUUGAGACGGUUCCUUAAUUCCUUACCUGACCCUGUUAUCACUCAUAAGAGUUACAGCGACUUUCGAAACGUUCUCGACAACCCAAAGUACCCAAAUAAGGAAGCUCAAGUGCGGCGAUUCCAAGGCCUCAUAGAUCGCUUACCUUUGCCUCACCAGUUUUUACUGUUGUAUUUGCUGGAUUUGCUCCACCUGUUCGCAUCAAAUAGCGAAUUUACUCGAAUGGACAGUGCUAAUUUAGCGUCGGUGUUUACACCAGGCAUGCUUUCGAGAAACGAUAUGCAACCAAGCGAAUAUAAACACUCUCAACAAGUCAUCAAGUUUUUGAUUGAGAAUCAAACUCUCUUUUCUAUGCCAAAGGCUAAUGUAACUCGCACGCCAUCACCUACUUCAUACCCUGUUGUAACACAACGUACCCCUAUUCCGCUGGAUACAUCAUCAACGCCUAUUAGCGCUAUGACAGCAGCUGCAUCCACUACCGCUGCAGUACCAAAGUCACAAAUAGCCAAGGAGAACAAGAAGCCUGCAGAUGAGGAGUCCAAGCGUCUCUACAGAAAAUCAGACGUAAAAUCACACCUCCAUCAUCUGCCCCACAAGCGUUUGCCACAUCGCGAGCAAAAAGAACCAGAACUCUCACAUCCACACCCUAUGGCACAUUAUCGACGAUCUACCACGUGGCUUCCACCUUCACAUCAACCAUUAGAGGGAGUGGAUAUUGAUGCCAUGAAGGCCGCAGCGGCGAUUCGAUCUGGACAUUUGUUACCCAAUGAACGCAGAAAAUCAAGAGGACUGGCUCGUUCUAAAACAGUACCUAGUAAGCGACCGAAAUAUGGUCCAGAUGAUCCAUUGCAAGUUGUGCAUGUCAACCGAGGCUCAAGUGUUCGAGAACGAAGGCCAGAAGGGAUCCCAGACCUGUAGCAUAUUCACUCAUUACAUUAGGACAAUUAUAUAUAUAAAUGUUUAUGAUAUGUAAUUUGUAUAUAUUGGUAUGUUGGGCUGAUUCCUUGCCAUACCCAAACGCCUUUGUUGUACUUUCUAUUCUUUCAUUUGAUCUGUCUAUUUUCUUUUAAAUACAAUACUCCCCAUCCCAACUGUGCUAGGAGCUUAUGAUUUUAUUCUCAGGAGUGAAUGAGCUUAAAAAUGACCUGGACAAAACAGAAGUAGACGCACGCUAAGAUACCACUCGUGCGUAUGUGGUGUCUCCUUUACCAUUGUGGUAUAUUCCCCUGAGUUUUAUUUGGGAUAUUUUAUUUUUGGGAUCCUUGUCCGGCCCAGAACUG